AUGUCUGCUUUUAUCUCCGUCUUCUUGUGUGUAAGUCACAUCCCAUUGCGUGUUGUUGCCGGGCUGCAGUCAGGAUUCUGUGUGAUAAUCAGCCAGGCAGUAUCUCCUACAUCUCUGUUGCUAAUUAUUUUAUACCUACUUCUUUUCCUCUGCUGUUUUUAGUCAGUCAUAUGAUGAGCCAGGCAUUUUGCUUUUGAAUUGAACGGUUCUUCUUUGUCGGUCUCCUCUCCUGCCAGGGAUUUGAACCAGAGUGCCUGUACACUGGGGAGAACUUUAACAAAGUGCUGACCACUCUGCUGGGAGUCAACUUCGCCACCCAAGGUAAGUCUAAUGACUGUAUUUAUCUGCUCUGGGUCUUAUUCAGGAGGAUGCAGAGCCACAAAACAGUCGGAUAGAAAUGCACUGUGUAAAACAGACAUUCCUACUCUACACAUUAUCUCUAUAUUUCUAUAGUUAUGGUUGUAAAAGUUGUACCCCACUGAAUAAGACCAUAAUGGGCUUAAGGUUUAGGCACAAAUAAUAUUUACUCACCUGCCUUCAUUAUCAUGCAAUAUUGUAAUCAUUGACAUGUAUGCUACGUUUACAUAACUAACCUGUCCUCACACUGUAAGCUCUAGUAGAAAACUGAAGCAUUGUACAGCUACGUAUUAGUGUGUCAACUGUGCAGUGCUGAGACUCAGAAUGACCACAUUCAGCAUUGUCGUUUAAAAUACUGUCUGUGUGUGUGUGUGUGAACUGAACAUGCGUGUGUCAUUUUUAGCUGGAUUGCUCCCAGUAGGCCUCGUGAAUCAUAAAAGGUGCCCUGUUCAGACAGCUGGCAUGGCUGUGUCUCUGUUUCUAUGGGCCUCCUGCAGAGUGCCAUAUUUACUAUGAUGUUUACCAUGGCUGUGUCUCUCUGGUUCUAUGGGCCUCCUGCAGAGUGCCAUAUUUACUAUGAUGAUUACCAUGGCUCUCAUGUCCUACUGAACAGGCCUUUCUCUUUUCUGUAACAUUGCAUUAGAAGACACCUGGCUGUGCUUGAAUAAGACAGUUGUAAAAGGGGAAUUUACAUGGCAGAUAGCUCAUUAUCAAUAUGAUGAAAUGGGAUCUCAUGUCAAAGCAACAGUGCAGCAAGGCUAUAAGACAUUCACGUGCUAAAUGGCAACCUGACACAGUCACUCCAGUCCAUACACUGUUUGUGUAUUUUUGCUAGCGCAAAGCUUUUGCUGCUAAUUCCAAAAGCUGUCAAUGUCUUCAAAGCCAUCACUUGACUGUAUCCAUUAGUCUCGUUAUCAGUUUGAAGUUGUCUUAGCGCCAGUCCUCAUCAGAGAGCGUCGAUGCUACAGGCCACAGCAUGAAGAUUGGACCAGAAUUUCUCGCUCGCUCUCUCAGCUUGAUAUGGAAAUCGAAUAGAGUCUGAGAGGGCCAGAGGCCCUUUGCCAAUCUUCAAAAUGUCUAGUGCUGUUGAUUUGGACUGGGUUAGUCACACGCUCUUUAAUGGGUACAAGAAGAGGAUUAUCUCUGUGUUUCUGCUUAUCAUGAUCCUCAGUACUGUGUGUGUGUGUGUCUAUCUGUUUCUUUGUGUGUCUCUCUCUCUCUGUGUGAUUGUGUGCACGUUCCGACAGUGCAGCUGCUAGAAGCAUUGAUGGCCAGGUCAAGAGGAGGGAGCUGCUGACUACAGUACAGGGCUUGUCUGGGCAUCUCACUGCAUGUGUAAAGAGAUGUGGAGUACAUGAGAACCACCUUACCGCUAAGAGAAAUAUAAGCACUUUACUAUACUGGCCUGCCGUUUUCGCUCAUUUGUCCCAUCUGCAGUUGUAAAGUGAUUGGGAAUGAGGGUGAUCUCAAGGUUGGCAUUGACUCUUGGCGGUGCUCUAGAAAUAGUUGGCUGCACCAAUAUGGAUAUACAGUUGAAGUCGGAAAUUUACAUACACUUACGUUGGAGUCAUUAAAACUUGUUUUUCAACAACUUCACACAUUUAUUGUUAACAAACUAUAGUUUUGGCAAGACGGUUAGGACAUCUACUUUGUGCAUGACACAAGUAAUUUUUCCAAUUGUUUACAGACAGAUUAAUUCACUGUAUCACAAUUCCAGUGGGUCAGAAGUUUACGUACACUAAGUUGACUGUGCCUUUUUAAACAGCUUGGAAAAUUCCUGAAAAUGAUGUAAUGGCUUUAGAAGCUUCUGAUAGGCUAAUUGACAUAAUUUGAGUCAAUUGGAGGUGUACCUGUGGAUGUAUUUCAAGGCCUACCUUCAAACUCAGUGCCUCUUUGCUUGACAUCAUGGAAAAAUCAAAAGAAAUCAGCCAAGACCUCAGAAAAAGAAUUGGAGACCUCCACAAGUCUGGUCCAUCCUUCGGAGCAAUUUCCAAACGCCUGAAGGUGUCACGUUCAUCUGUACAAACAAUAGUACGCAAGUAUAAACACCAUGGGACCACGCAGCCGUCAUACCGCUCAGGAAGGAGAUGCGUUCUGUCUCCUAGAGAUGAACGUACUUUGGUGCGAAAAGUGCAAAUCAAUCCCAGAACAACAGCAAAGGACCUUGUGAAGAUGCUGGAGGAAACCGGUACAAAAGUAUCUAUAUCCACAGCAAAACGAGUCCUAUAUCGACAUAACCUGAAAGGCCGCUCAGCAAGGAAGAAGCCACUGCUCCAAAACCGCCAUAAAAAAGCCAGACUACAGUUUGCAACUGCACAUGGGGACAAAGAUAGACAAAGAUAAACACAAAUAUAACUUUUUGGCCAUAAUGACCAUCGUUAUGUUUGGAGGAAAAAGGGGGUUGCUUGCAAGCUGAAGAACACCAUCCAAACCGUGAAGCACGGGGGUGGCAGCAUCAUGCUGUGGGGGUUCUUUGCUGCAGGAGGGACUGGUGCACUUCACAAAAUAGAUGGCAUUAUGAGGAAGGAAAAUUAUGUGGAUAUAUUGAAGCAACAUCUCAAGACAUCAGUCAGGAAGUUAAAGCUUGGUCGCAAAUGGGUCUUCCAAAUGAACAAUGACCCCAAGCAUACUUCCAAAGCUGUGGCAAAAUGGCUUAAGUCAAGGUAUUGGAGUGGCCAUCACAAAGCCCUAACCUCAAUCCUAUAGAAAAUAUGUGGGCAGAACUGAAAAGGCGUGUGCAAGCAAGGAGGCCUACAAACCUGACUCAGUUACACCAGCUCUGUCAGAAGGAAUGGGCCAAAAUUCAUCCAACUUAUUGUGGGAAGCUUGUGGAAGGCUACCCAAAACGUUUGACCCAAGGUAAACAAUUUAAAGGCAAUGCUACCAAAUACUAAUUGAGUGUAUGUAAACUUCUGACCCACUGGGAAUGUGAUGAAAUAAAUAAAAGCGGAAAUAAAUCAUUCCCUCUACUAUUAUUCUGACAUUUCACAUUCUUAAAAAAAAGUGGUGAUCCUAACUGCCCUAAGACAGGGAAUUUAAACUAGGAUGAAAUGUUAGGAAUUGUGAAAAACUGAGUUUAAAUGUAUUUGGCUAAGGUGUAUGUAAACUUCCGACUUCAACUGUAUGAAUGGAGUGCCCUCCAAUUGUUAAAGGAGAACUCCGAACCCCCAAGGCACACCUGUCAUUCUAUAUUUGGACACGGCUUUCUUGUAGCCUACAUGGAAAAUAUGUAUUCUCAGGUCUAAAAGGUUGAAUAAAAACAUGAUCCUGGUGCUUUUUCCCCCAGUAAUUUCCAGACACUAGCAAUACCUCUGCCAAUCUCUCUUGAUCAAUUCUCAUUAUAAUAUCUAGCUAAUCCUGCCUUCCAUAUGGUUGGUUCUCUAUCAAAACAUGUAUAAAUAGCUUGGUGAGAUUAAAUAAAGGUCUUACUUCGGGACACUUUCCCUCCUUGGAAAGUGGAUUUAGACUCGGUACCAGCCGACAAGCAUGCACAGGUAUCAUGUAAAGUCAUGUGUUGGCUCAUUUAGAAAGUAUUCGCUGUCACCUCCCAACAUCGAUCCAAGUAUUGAUCUAAUACUGUGUUGGCUCAGUUGUAAAGGAUGGCUAUGGGUCCACAUAUACUGAACAAAAAUAUAAAUGCAGAAUGCAACAACUUCAAAGAUUUUACUGAGUUACAGUUCAUAUAAGGAAAUCAGUAAAUCAAAAAAAAAAAAAUCUUUGUUUUUUUUCUUCUCCCCACCUUUUUAUUUAACCAGGUAAGCCAGUUGAGAACAAGUUCUCAUUUACAACUGCGACCUGGCCAAGAUAAAGCAAAGCAGUGCGAUAAAAACAACAACACAGAGUUACAUAUGGGUUAAACAAAACAAAGUAAAAAAUACAACAGAAAAUAUAUAUACAGUGUGUGCGAAUGUAGUAAGUUAUGGAGGUAAGGCAAUAAAUAGGCCAUAGUGCAAAAUAGUUACAAUUUCGUAUUAACACUGGAAUGAUAGAUGUGCAAAAGAUGACGUGCAAAUAGAGAUACUGGGGUGCAAAUUAGCUAAAUAAAUAACAAUUGGGGAUGAGUUAGUUGGGUGGGCUAAUUUCAGAAUGGCUGUGUACAGGUGCAGUGAUUGGUAAGCUGCUCUGACAACUGACGCUUAAAGUUAGUGAGUGGGAUAAGAGUCUCCAGCUUCAGAGAUUUUUGCAGUUCGUUCCAGUCACUGGCAGCAGAGAACUGGAAGGAAUGGCGGCCAAAGGAGAUGUUGGCUUUGGGGAUGACCAGUGAGAUAUACCUGCUGGAGCGCAUACUACGGGUGGGUGUUGCUAUGGUGACCAGUGAGCUAAGAUAAGACAGGGAUUUGCCUAGCAGUGAUUUAUAGAUGACCUGGAGUCAGUGGGUUUGGCGACGAAUAUGUAGUGAGGGCCAGCCAACGAGCGUACAGGUCACAAUGGUGGGUAGUAUAUGGGGCUUUGGUGACAAAACGGAUGAAGUCAAGGAUCGGUAGGAUAGUCAGUUUUACGAGGGCAUGUUUGGCAGCAUGAGUGAAGGAGGCUUUGUUGCGAAAUAGGAAGCCGAUUUAAUUUUGAUUGGAGAUGCUUAAUGUGAGUCUGGAAGGAGAGUUUACAGUCUAACCAGACACCUAGGUAUUUGUAGUUGUCCGCAUACUCUAGGUCAGACCCGUCGAGAGUAGUGAUUCUAGUCGGGUGGGCGGGUGCAAGCAGCGUUCGGUUGAAGAGCAUGCAUUUAGAUUUACUAGUGUUUAAGAGCAGUUGGAGGCUACGGAAGGAGUGUUGUAUGGCGUUGAAGCUCGUUUGGAGGUUUGUUAACACAGUGUCCAAUGAAGGGCCAGAUGUAUACAAAAUGGUGUUGUCCACAUAGAAGUGGAUCCGAGCGUCACCAGCAGCAAGAGCGACAUCAUUGAUAUACACAGAGAAUAGAGUCGGCCCAAGAAUUGAACCCUGUGGCACCCCCAUAGAGACGGCCAGAGGUCCAGACAACAGGCCCUCCGAUUUGACACAUUGAACUCUAUCUGAGAAGUAGUUGGUGAACCAGGCGAGGCGGUCAUUAGAGAAACCAAGGCUAUUUAGUCUGCCAAUAAGAAUGUGGUGGUUGACACAGUCGGGCAAGUUGCAGCGGAGGGUGCUGAGCUGGUGGCCGGGGUAGGGGUAGCCAGGUGGAAAGCAUGGCCAGCCGUAGCAAAAUGCUUGUUGAAAUUCUCGAUUACUGUAGAUUUAUCGGUGGUGACAGUGUUUCCUAGCCUCAGUGCAGUGGGCAGUUGGGAGGAGGUGCUCUUAUUCUCCAUGGACUUUACAGUGUCCCAAAACUUUUUGGAGUUAGUGCUACAGGAUGCAAAUUUCUGUUUGAAAAAGCUAGCCUUUGCAUUCCUAACUGAUUGUGUAUAUUGGUUCCUGACUUUCCUGAAAAGUUGCAUAUCGCGGGGGCUGUUCGAUGCUAAUGCAGUACGCCACAGGAUGUUUUUGUGCUGGUCAAGGGCAGUCAAGUCUGAGGAGAACCAGGGCCUAUAUCUGUUCUUAGUUCUGAAUUUUUGAAUGGGGCAUGCUUAUUUAAGAUUGAGAGGAAAGCCCUUUUAAAGAACAACCAGGCAUCCUCUACUGACGGAAUGAGGUCAAUAUCCAUCCAGGAUACCCGGGGUAGGUCAAUUAGAAAUGCCUGGUCGCUAAAGUGUUUUAGGGAGCGUUUGACCGCGGACCCAUUACGGACGCAGGCAAUAAGGCAGUGAUUGCUGAGAUCCUGGUUGAAGACAGCAGAGGUGUAUUUAGAGGGUACAUUUGUCAGGAUGAUAUCUAUGAGGGUGCCCAUGUUUACAGAUUUAGGGUUGUACCUGGUAGGUUCGUUGAUAAUUUUUGUGAGAUUGAGGGCAUCUAGUUUAGAUUGUAGGUUGGCCGGGGUGUUAAGCAUAUCCCAGUUUAGGUCACCAAGCAGUACGAACUCUGAGGAUAGAUGGGGGGCAAUCAGUUCACAUAUGGUGUCCAGGGCACAGCUCGGGGCUGAGGGGGUUCUGUAGCAAGCGGCAACAGUGAGAGACUUAUUUCUGGAAAGGUGGACUUUUAGAAGUAGAAGCUCAAACUGUUUGGGCACAGACCUGGAUAGUACGAUAGAGCUCUGCAGGCUAUCUCUACAGUAGAUUGCAACCCCACCCCCUUUGGCAGUUCUAUCGAGACGGAAAAUGUUGUACAGUGAGGGGAAAAAAGUAUUUGAUCCCCUGCUGAUUGGGUACGUUUGCCCACUGACAAAGACAGACAUGAUCAGUCUAUAAUUUUAAUGGUAGGUUUAUUUGAACAGUGAGAGACAGAAUAACAACAAAAUAAUCCAGAAAAACGCAUGUCAAAAAUUUUAUAAGUUGAUUUGCAUUUUAAUGAGGGAAAUCAUUAUUUGACCCCUCUGUAAAACAUGACUUAGUACUUGGUGGAAAAACCCUUGUUGGCAAUCACAGAGGUCAGACGUUUCUUGUAGUUGGCCACCAGGUUUGCAUACAUCUCAGGAGGGAUUUUCUUCCACUCCUCUUUGCAGAUCUUCUCCAAGUCAUUAAGGUUUCGAAGCUGACAUUUGGCAACUCAAACCUUCAGCUCCCUCCACCUCCAUGUUUGACAGUGGGGAUGGUGUUUUUGGGGUCAUAGGCAGCAUUCCUCCUCCUCCAAACACGGCGAGUUGAGUUGAUGCCAAAGAGCUCGAUUUUGGUCUCAUCUGACCACAACACUUUCACCCAGUUCUCCUCUGAAUCAUUCAGAUGUUCAUUGUCAAACUUCAGACAGGCCUGUAUAUGUGAUUUCUUGAGCAGGGGGAACUUGCGGGCGCUGCAGGAUUUCAGUCCUUCACGGCGUAGUGUGUUACCAAUUGUUUUCAUGGUGACUAUGGUCCCAGCUGCCUUGAGAUCAUUGACAAGAUCCUCCCGUGUAGUUCUGGGCUGAUUCCUCACCAUCCUCAUGAUCAUUGCAACUCCACGAGGUGAGAUCUUGCAUGGAGCCCCAGGCCGAGGGAGAUUGACAGUUCUUUAGUGUUUCUUCCAUUUGCGAAUAAUCGCACCAACUGUUGUCACCUUCUCACCAAGCUGCUUGGCGAUGGUCUUGUAGCCCAUUCCAGCCUUGUGUAGGUCUACAAUCUUGUCCCUGACAUCCUUGGAGAGCUCUUUGGUCUUGGCCAUGGUGGAGAGUUCGGAAUCUGAUUGAUUGCUUCUGUGGACAGGUGUCUUUUAUACAGGUAACAAGCUGAGAUAAUAGCUGUAGUUGGGGAUGGACAUUUCUGAAUUUUUGUUGGCCUUCAUAAGCCAGGAUUCAGACACUGCUAGAACAUCAGGGUUGGCGGAGUGUGCUAACGCAGUGAAUAACUCAAACUUAGGGAGGAGGCUUCGGAUGUUAACGUGCAAGAAACCAAGGCUUUUUACGGUUAGAGAAGUCAACAAAUGAUAACGCCUGGGGAGUAGGAGUGAUACUGGGGGCUACAGGGCCUGGGUUAACCUCUACAUCACCAGAGGAGGAGUAGAAUAAGGAUACGGCUAAAGGCUUUAAGUACUGGUCUUCUAGUGCGUUGGGUACAGAGAAAAAAAGGGGCAGAUUUCCGGGCGUUGUAGAAUAGAUUCAGGGCAUUAUGUACAGACAAGGAUAUGAGUACAGUGGAGGUAAACCUAAGCGUUGGGUAACGAUGAAAGAGAGAGCAUCACUGGAGGCACCGAUUGAGUCGGUCUCCGCGUGUGUGGGGGGUGGGACAAAGGAGCUGUCUUAGGCAGGUUGAGCUGGGCUGGGGGAUCUACAGUGAAAUAGUACAAUAAGAAAUAACCGAAACGGCAAUAGGCAAGGCAUAUUGACAUGGGAGAGAGGCAUAAAGCAAUCACAGGUGUUAUUCGAGAGCGCUAAGACAACAGCUGGUAAUGGCGACAAAGUUUGGGCUGAGGCUAAACAUAAACAGGAUGCGGUACCGUAUAAAGGAACAGUCCAGCAGGCAUCAGUUGUAUAGCUGAGGUAUCAUAAGGUCCGGUGAACAGCAAUAGGAGUGUUCGGAGGUAUUUCGGGGGCUGCUACAGCACUGGCGAGCAAGAGGCCACGGCUUGCGUGUGCUAGCGGGCCGGGGCUAGCAGAUGGAUUUUCGUGGUCGACGUCGUAACGGGAAGCCUGUUGAAACCACAUCCAGACGAUUUCGUCGGCGGGGCUCCGUGUCAACACUAGGAGGUCCAGUCCGGUUGACAGAGAGGUAGAUAGCCGGGAGAUGGGCCUGGCUCGAGGCUAGCUCAAGGCUGAUUAGCCAACAACAACAUCCAUUUGGUUGCAGCUAGCUAGUUGCGAUGAUCCGGUGUUAAAGGUCCAGUGAUUCAGUGAUUCCGGCAGAAAAACCAAUAUGUUCUGGGUCGAUAACGCGCUGUGCAGUCAGUGCAGACUGGCCGAUAAUAGUCCAGGCUAGAGCUGGCUGGUAGGUAGUGCAGGCCACGGACAAUGGUGAAAAACCGCUAACAGUGGCUAAUAGCAAGUAGCUAGUUAGCUGGCUACUCCCUUCCGGUAGACAGAGGUAGAUAGCCGGGAUAUGGGCCUGGCUCGAGGCUAGCUGGUGCUUGCUUCGGGUCAGUGGUGAUUAGCCAACAGCAACAUCCAUUCGGUUGCGGCUAGCUAGUUGCGAUCCAGUGAUUCAGUUAUUCCGGCAGAAAAUCCGAUGUUCUGGGUGAAAACCUCUAACGGUGGCAAGUAGCUAGUUAGCUGGCUAGCUAGUUUCAACUGGAGAUUCUAGAUAAAAGGUAAGUCAAUAAUAGAAUCCGUUCCACAUUGAGUGAGGCGGGUUGCAGGAAAGUAUAUUUUGUAGAAGGGUGAAAAGUGUGAUAGGGAAAUAUGUAUGAAAAAUACAAAAAACGGGCUAUUUACACGGACACACAACAAAUAAAUUCAAUAGACCCUAAUCUAUGGAUUUCACAUGACUGGGCAAGGGUGCAACCAUGGGUAGGCCUAGGUGGGCAUAGGCCCACCCACUGGGGAGCCAGGCCCAACCGAUCAGAAUGAGUUUUUCCCCACAAAAGGGCUUUAUUACAGACAAAUACUCCUCAGUGUUUGAGAUAAAUAAUAUUUUUGUGCAUAUAGAACAUUUCUGGGAUUUUUUAUUUCAACUCAUGAAACAUGGGACCAACACUUUACAGUUGCGUUUUAUAUUUUUGUUCAGUUAAGUUGUUGGCUUAGGUUUAGCAGCUGGCAUUGGAAGAGGUUGUGGUAGAGACAUGCCCAGCUCUGUGGGUACUGCUGGGGCUAGAAGGCUGUUUGUCUUAUCUCUGUGAGUCAAAAGGAGCUGAUGCAUCACUGUGCCUGCAAGGGAGUCCUCUCACAAGACUGCUGCCAGGUAGUUUUUCAGUAUUCGUCUGUGAGUCCCACAAGGGUUUCCUCCUGUCUGAGAAUACUGAGAAGAGUUUAUUAGGCAGCUCUUUGAAAAUGAUUUUGUCUACCUGCCAGUGUUAUUGUCCAACUCGAACUACCAUACACAGUAUCUAUUUACUUGAGCACAUUUGAGGUAUAAUGAGUCAUUACGCCAUUGAUGUUGGUCAAUUAUAAUAUACAUCAAGGUUUCUCAGCUUGUCUGUGUUAGAUUGCUGCUCUGAGCUGGUCUGGGAUCAGUGUGUGCUAGUUGAGGUGAUGUGAGGUGAUUCUGUCAGCUAGGCUCUGCAGAGCCAACAGCCUGCACUGAAACACAUUAUCAUCAACAAGCUGCUAGCACUGCACAACCCAAUGCUUCAACAGUCUGAAAUCCAUUCAACCUAACGACUGAAGUAAGUGUGUGUGUGUGUGUGUGUGUGUGUGUGUGAGAGAGAGCGACAUUUCUGUCAUAUCCUCUGUUUUGAGUAGUGUAAUUGUAGAAAUGAGACAGUGAUUUUGUACUUGAUUAAAAAAGUUAUGUAAGUGGUCGUAUUCAUGACUGACAAGGACAGUCUCACAAACAUCUAUAUAACCUCCGUUACCUCAGAGUCCUUUGCAAUCACAGUGCUACAUGGUGCCUUGUAGCUCAGUUGGUAGAGCAUGGUGCUUGCAAUGCUAGGGUUGUGGGUUUGUUUCCCACGGGGGGGGCAGUAUGAAAAUGUAUGCAGUCACUAACUGUAAGUCGCUCUGGAUAAGAGCGUCUGCUAAAUGACUAAAAUGUAAUGGUGGAUCAUAAUGAACUAUUUAAAAUGUCUGUGUGUGUAUGUUUUCCUCCACAGACUGUGGCACUGAGAGGUCAUGUCCCCAUUCCGGCACGCCCGCUCCUAGCCAGUCCACCACCUCACACACACACGCCACCUCCAGGUCCAAGUCCCUGCGCAGACAAUCCAAACCAGUGGUAAGGUCGCGCACAUACACACACACACACACACACACACACAAAUACAUACUCGGUCACAUGAGUCGUUUGUAUGUCAUUCUGUUUUUAUAAAAGGGAAACCCUGACAGUGAAACUGACCUAUUUGGAACAUUUUAUGAAGCAUGUGCUGUUAACCAGUAAUUACAAAUAUAUUCACACUCCUGUACGCCUGUCCUGAACGGCUUGUACACUCAGCUCACAAAUGACAUAAAUGCAUAAUAAAUCAAACUUUCCUGAUUGGUUAGAUUGUAUACCAGUCAGUAACUGACAACUAUUCUAUGCAACCAGGAGAUGUCGGAGAACGGCGGGGGCGGGCUGGUGCUGGUGAAGGCGCGCUUCCAAUUCAAGCAGAACAACGAGGAUGAGCUGUCCUUCAACAAGGGAGACCUGAUCAGUGUGUUGCGCCAGGAGGAGGGCGGUUGGUGGGAGGGCUCGCUCAACGGCAAGACGGGCUGGUUCCCCAGCAACUAUGUCCGCGAGGUCAAGCCCUGUGGUGAGUAGGGCUGGGAAAGAGUGUGUGUGGUACCAUGCUGGACAAACACUAGACUAGAUUAUUAUGCUUAGAAGAACUCCACCACUCAUUCUGUGUGCCGUUUGCUGCUCCAUAACUCCACCCCCUACUACCUUAUAUCCUGCAGAUAAACCUGUGUCUCCUAAAGCAACUCAACUGACCAAGAGCUACUACAGUGUGGUGAGUGGGCCCUCUCCCAUUGGAUCUCCCUUUUCUACUGCUCCAUAUGCGCUGGGCCACUACAGCUUUGCUUAGGGGAACAGUUUAGGCUGUGUCAGCAUUUCUGUCUCGAAUAGGAUGUGGGUUAUUUAAAUGAUCUUUCUCAGGUGGUUCAGGACAUCCUGGAGCAUGAGAGGGAGUUUGUCAAGGAGCUGCAGACAGUGUUGAGCUGUUACCUACGACCCCUAAAGGCCAGCGACAAGUAAGCUCAACAAAUAAGAAUGGGAGUCAAUUCAUUCAGAUGCAAACUGUUUAGAUACAUUUUGAAAUACCAGUUACUAAAGAGCCUUGUGGCAUUGUGAAUCUCUCCGAAUGACCCAUGCACCAUGCUGUUGUUUUUAAUGGGUAUAUCUGUUCUACUCAUUGUAAUUAUAUGUACAGUACCAGUCAAAAGUUUGGACACACCUACUCAUUCCAGGGUUUUUCUUUAUUUUUACAAGUUUCUACAUUGUAGAAUAAUAGUGAAGACAUCAAAACUAUGAAAUAACACAUAUGGAAUCAUGUAGUAACCAAAAAAGUGUUAAACAAAUCAAAAUAUAUUUUAUAUUCUUCAAAGUAGCCACCCUUUGCCUUGAUGACAGCUUUGCACACUCUUGGCAUUCUCUCAACCAGCUUCAUGAGGAAUACUUUUCCAACAGUCUUGAAGGAGUUCCCACAUAUGCUGAGCACUUGUUGGCUGCUUUCACUGCGGUCCAACUCAUCCCAAGCCAUCUCAUUUGGGUUGAGGUCGGGUGAUUGUGGAGGCCAGGUCAUCUGAUGCAGCACUCCAUCACUCUCCUUCUUGGUCAAAUAGCCCUUACACAGCCUGGAGGUGUGUUUUGGGUCUUUGUCCUGUUGAAAAACAAAUGAUAGUCCCACUAAGCGCAAACCAGAUGGGAUGGCGUAUCACUGCAGAAUGCUGUGGUAGCCAUGCUGAUUAACUGUGCCUUGAAUUCUAAAUAAAGCACAAACAGUGUCACCAGCAAAGCACCUCCAUGCUUCACGGUGGGAACCACACAUGCGGAGAUCAUCCGUUCACCUACUCUGCGUCUCACAAGGAAUCAAAAAUCUCAAAUUUGGACUCAUCAGACCAAAGGACAGAUUUCCACCGGUCUAAUGUCCAUUGCUCAUGUUUCUUUGCCCAAGCAGGUCUCUUCUUAUUAUUGGUGUCCUUUAGUAGUGGUUUCUUUGCAGCAAUUCGACCAUGAAGGCCUGAUUCAUGCUGUCUCCUGUGAACAGUUGAUGUUGAGAUGUGUCUGUUACAUGAACUCUGUGAAGCAUUUAUUUGGGCUGCAAUCUGAGGUGCAGUUAACUCUAAUGAACUUAUCCUCUGCAGCAGAGGUAACUCUGGGUCUUCCUUUCCUGUGGCGGUCCUCAUGAGAGCCAGUUCCAUCAUAGCACUUGAUGGUUUUUGCGACUGCACACAUUUUCCGGAUUGACUGACUUUUAGAUCUUAAAGUAAUGGACUGUCGUUUCUCUUUGCUUAUUUGAGCUGUUCUUGCCAUAAUAUGGACUUGGUCUUUUACCAAAUAGGUCUAUCUUCUGUAUACCACCCCUACCUUGUCACAACACAACUGAUUGACUCAAACGCAUUAAGAAGGAAAGACAUUCCACAAAUUAACUUUUAAGAAGGCACACCUGUUAAUUGUAAUGCAAUCCAGGUGGCUACCUCAUGAAGCUGGUUGAGAGAAUGCCAAGUGUGCAAAGCUGUCAAGGCAAAGGGUGGCUACUUUGAAGAAUCUCAAAUAUAAAAUAUAUUCUUAUUUGUUUAACACUUUUUUUGGUUACUACAUGAUUCCAUAUGUGUUAUUUCAUAGUUUUGAUGUCUUCACUGUUAUUCUACAAUGUAGAAAAUAGUAAAAAUAAAGAAAAACCCUUGAAUGAGUAGGUGUGUCCAAACUUUUGACUGGUUCUGUAUAUCUGUUCUACUCAUUGUAAUUCUAUGUUCUCUGCUGUGUGGUGUCCAGGCUGAGCAUUACAGACAGUGGCAGUCUGAGUGGUAACCUGGAGGAGAUCCUGACCUUCCAGCAGGGUCUGGUUCUUGCUCUGGACGAGUGCACCAAGUAAGUGUAUGGGAGAGUAAUGAGGACACAGUCUAGGGUGGGGGCAACUGAAAAUGGUCCAAUCACAUUACCCUAACCCAAUGUCUAAUCUGUGUCACUACACUUUCUGCCUACUCAGCUGUUUCUAUCAGAUAUUCUGGGGAUAAUUGUGAUGUACACGUAACUGACAUAAUAAUGGAAACACUUGAGUAAAUGAGGGAUAAAAAAUAUAUUGAAAGGAUGUAAACCAUAUGCAAUGGGCCGUCUCCAGAUAUCAACCCAAUUGAACAGUUAUGGGAGAUUCUGGAGUGGUUCAUGAGACAGCGUUUUUUUUCUUCUCACAACCAUCAACAAAGAAUGGUGUUGCAUCCUUCCAAUAGAGUUCCAGACACUUGUAGAAUCUAUGCCAAGGCACAUUGAAGCUGUUCUGGCGGCUCGUGGUGGCCCAGCACCCUAUCAUGUUGGUGUUUCCUUUAUUUUGGCAGUUACCUGUAGCUGUAGGCCGUCAUUGUAAAUAAUAAUUUGUUCUUAACUGACUUGCCUAGUUAAAUAAAGGUUAAAUAAAUCAAAUAAAAAAGCUCUAGAUGGGAUGGCCUCAGGUUACUGUGCUCCCUCUAGUGGUCAACAUCUAGAAUAGAAUCUGAAACCAAACAUACAGGAACAACCCAACUGUUGUCCUAGUAACUAACACACCCACUUCUCUCUGUGUGUUGCAGGGUUCCAGAGAGCCAGCAGCGAUUGGCUGCCUGCUACCUCAACCUGAUUGGUCAGAUCAGGACGCUGUACCGGUCCUACUGCUCCAGUCACCCCUCGGCUGUCUGCGUACUCACUGACCACAGGUCAGUCCUUACGGGUAUCUCAGUUCUGCAUGACCUGCAUCUGCAUUUGAUUGACAUUUCAUUGCAAUUAAACAUGUCGGUCAGUAUAAUAAUGCAAGUAAAAUGGCAUGUCUUUGUGGAUAGCCAUAGGCUAUGAAAGAGUAGUUGCAGUUUCUCUUUGACCCACUAAGUGUCAUACUUUCUCUGGAAAUGUAGAGGCGCAGCAGAGUGGCGUCUUUCUCAUCAGUUGUGAGUGAGUGACCUUCAGUUUGUAGCCUCCUCACUCAUAUCCCUCACUACAAUCAGCCGGGCGCUGAGGCUCUGUGAACAGUUAAUCACAGUGCUGUCCAUCACACACAAUGUAGUAGUAAUGAAACCGAGCAAUGAAUCAAGCGGUUGUGUAAUUAUUAUGUUAGUUACGCAGUUAAUCAUGUACGCUAUUGUGCAACUGGUGUUGUUUUUUUUCUACUUCUCCCUGGUCUCCUGCUGCGUAAUUGUUAAUGUGAUAACAUGCACUGCAUAGACAAGAGAACACAGUCAUGACACACACACACACAGGAAGCUGCACACAGGAUAUCUAUAGUUGUGGUUAUGUUGUUCCAGGCAGGUGAGGCACUUUCGAUUUCACACUGAACUAAUUGGCAUCUUUCCUACUGUGGGAUUCUUUUCAGCUUUUUCCUCCACUACCAAACACAUUCAACAAAUCUAGAUUUUUUCCCAUGGUAGAAUGUUUUCUCUCUUUACAUGGCCACCCAGCAGUAUAACACUGUGUGUGUGUGUGUGUGUGUGUGUGUGUGUGUGUGUGUGUGUGUGUGUGUGUGUGUGUGUGUGUGUGUGUGUGUGUGUGUGUUGUAGUGAGGAGCUGGGUAUGUUCAUGGAGAGCCAGGGGGCCAGUACGCCAGGCAUCCUGACCCUGACCACCAGCUUGAGUAAACCCUUCAUGAGGCUGGACAAGUACCCCAUCCUGCUGCAGGAGCUGGAGAGACACAUGGAGGUACAGUAGGCCUCAUCUGGAACCAACAUGGAGGGCAGUUGCUUAACUCUCUAUAGGCCCAUCUAUGGAUCCAUAUGCAACUGAGAUUUAACUCACCUCCACUGUUCCAGAUAACACUCCGCUACAAUGCUCAAAUACCAUUGAUAUACCAUGUUUUGAUAUCCCUCCCAAACGCAUUAAUGUAGUUUGGUUAUAUAUCUUUGUACAUCCACCUUAAUUGGGUAUUGUGUAUAAAAUUAUACAUUAUUCAACUGUUCAUAAUUUGUUUACCAUCUUGCAGGAGGCCCACCCGGACUACAGUGACAUCAUGAAGGUGACGGUGGCCUUUAAGAGCUUGGUGGUAGGUACAGAACCCCUGUGGUUCCUCAUGAAAUGUUUAGGUAGACAUGGUCCAUAGAGAUUAGCCAUGUGCACUGAAUACUGUAUCAACUCACUAGUCUACAGUAGCAUAAUCUAGUCUAUAUUACCUAACACUACCGAGAAUCAUCACUGUCUGUCUUGAUGAAAGUACACUUAGUGAUUUUCAGUGCAUGAAACUAAUAAAGACAGUCCUUCUCUGAAAAUUGGAGCUGUUGCUUGUAUCUAGUUCUUAUGUUGCCAAACUGAGUCGAUGGAGCAUCACAUAAAAGACAGUCUUCCAUGAGAGCAAUAGUCUUCCAUGAGAGCAAUGCUCAAGGUGAUACGCCCAUCUCAGCAGUUUUAAUGAAAAAAAUAUCUUGCUUCCUAUGUAAUAUGUCCUCAUUGAAAUGCUUUUUCCUAUGGUGGGUUGUGGACUGAAAUAGCAGCAUCUGUUGGAGCAGUAGUUUGAGAGGCAUUUUCUACAGUGUGGCUGAGAGUUUGAAGUUUGCGGGGAAGCGUUGACUCACACACUCAUCCUGUGGUAGUCUCUUGAGGUGUGUGUGUGUGUGUGUGUGUGUGAUGUAUGUUCAGGUGUGUAUUUGAACAUUUCCAAAGGUUAACUUGUUAUUUUGGGUCUGCCAGCCCUAUUUACAUGAACCUGGUUGGUGUUGCUUUGUCAUUUUGUAUUUGUGAGAGGGGGGGAAUCCCCCUUUUGGUCCCGCUAAACUGUUCUCUCUAACUCACCUUUGCACGAUGCACAGUUAUUUUAUACCUGUUUGCAGUGCUGCCAUAUCAUGGACAUUUUUAUAUUACAGAGUGCAAAUGCUUACUAAACCAGGCUUAAAACAGCUACAGUGGGGAAAAAAGUAUUUAGUCAGCCACCAAUUGUGCAAGUUCUCCCACUUAAAAAGAUGAGAGAGGCCUGUAAUUUUCAUUAUAGGUACACGUCAACUAUGACGGACAAAUUGAGGAAAAAAAAUCCAGAAAAUCACAUUGUAGGAUUUUUAAUGAAUUGAUUUGCAAAUUAUGGUGGAAAAUAAGUAUUUGGUCACCUACAAACAAGCAAGAUUUCUGGCUCUCACAGACCUGUAACUUCUUCUUUAAGAGGCUCCUCUGUCCUCCACUCGUUACCUGUAUUAAUGGCACCUGUUUGAACUUGUUAUCAGUAUAAAAGACACCUGUCCACAACCUCAAACAGUCACACUCCAAACUCCACUAUGGCCAAGACCAAAGAGCUGUCAAAGGACACCAGAAACAAAAUUGUAGACCUGCACCAGGCUGGGAAGACUGAAUCUGCAAUAGGUAAGCAGCUUGGUUUGAAGAAAUCAACUGUGGGAGCAAUUAUUAGGAAAUGGAAGACAUACAAGACCACUGAUAAUCUUCCUCGAUCUGGGGCUCCACGCAAGAUCUCACCCCGUGGGGUCAAAAUGAUCACAAGAACGGUGAGCAAAAAUCCCAGAACCACACGGGGGGACCUAGUGAAUGACCUGCAGAGAGCUGGGACCAAAGCCAAAGCCUACCAUCAGUAACACACUACGCCGCCAGGGACUCAUCCUGCAGUGCCAGACGUGUCCCCCUGCUUAAGCCAGUACAUGUCCAGGCCCAUCUGAAGUUUGCUAGAGUGCAUUUGGAUGAUCCAGAAGAGGAUUGGGAGAAUGUCAGAUGAAACCAAAAUAGAACUUUUUGGUAAAAACUCAACUCGUCGUGUUUGGAGGACAAAGAAUGCUGAGUUGCAUCCAAAGAACACCAUACCUACUGUGGAGCAUGGGGGUGGAAACAUCAUGCUUUGGGGCUGUUUUUCUGCAAAGGGACCAGGAUGACUGAUCCGUGUAAAGGAAAGAAUGAAUGGGGCCAUGUAUCGUGAGAUUUUGAGUGAAAACCUCCUUCCAUCAGCAAGGGCAUUGAAGAUGAAACGUGGCUGGGUCUUUCAGCAUGACAAUGAUCCCAAACACACCGCCCGGGCAACGAAGGAGUGGCUUCGUAAGAAGCAUUUCAAGGUCCUAGAGUGGCCUAGCCAGUCUCCAGAUCUCAACCCCAUAGAACAUCUUUGGAGGGAGUUGAAAGUCCGUGUUGCCCAGCGACAGCCCCAAAACAUCACUGCUCUAGAGGAGAUCUGCAUGGAGGAAUGGGCCAAAAUACCAGCAACAGUGUGUGAAAACCUUGUGAAGACUUACAGAAAACGUUUGACCUGUGUCAUUGCCAACAAAGGGUAUAUAACAAAGUAUUGAGAAACUUUUGUUAUUGACUAAAUACUUAUUUUCCACCAUAAUUUGCAAAUAAAUUCAUGAAAAAUCCUACAAUAUGAUUUUCUGGAUAUUUUUUUCUCAUUUUGUCUGUCGUAGUUGACGUGUACCUAUGAUGAAAAUUACAGGCCUCAUCUUUUUAAGUGGGAGAACUUGCACAAUUGGUGGCUGACUAAAUACUUUUUUCCCCCCACUGUAUUAUCUUGUGGUGAAUCUAUUCACCACACACUAACAGUGUUUCAAUUUCUCAUAUGAACUAUACAGUAAUGGGCACCUCUCCUUCCAGACCCAGUGUCAGGACCUGCGGAAGCGUAAGAACCUGGAACUACAGAUCCUGUCAGAGCCAGUGAGAGGCUGGGAGGGAGACGGCAUGAAGUCUCUGGGUCACGUGGCCUACAUGUCCCAGGUCCACAUGCAGAACGGGACCAAUGAGGUGAGAGCAACAGGUACAGGUGUCCCCCAAUAUUAAGUGUUAGGAUUUGGGGACGGUAAGCUGAUCCUAGCUCUGUGUAAGGGCAACUACCCAGAGAGAGUGCUACAGACCACCUCCGAGAAGGUCAAAGUUCAAAAUAACAAUGUUUUGAGCAGCAUGAACGUGUAGUUUGGCAAAUAACAAGAAAAGUGAGGUAGACCAGUUACAUUCUCUGCUUGACAACCAGGAAAUAGAAUUGUUGCCUGUUUGUUCACUCACAGGCUUAGAAUUGAUACAAUUCUGGGGAAAUAUGUCCUUGUAUCAAUUCUAAGCCUGUCGAUAGCAUUUCCAAAUGACUAAACGUGCCAUUACCACACUACUUGGAGCAGAUUGUUUCCGUCCAACACAUUCUGGAGAUGAGUCCUAUAUGCUGAUUGCCACCCCAUCUCAUACAUUAGGCCUGUGAAUCUAAAUUCAUUAUGAAUCAGAAACCUCAGACUGGCCAAAUAUAGAGUGGAAAGCCAUCCCCCCUGUAGUGUGGUUUCUGUGUAGGGGUUGACUAUGAGGAUCUGAAGGCUGAGAGGAACAAAUGUCUGGCUGUGUUUUGGUCAGAUUGAAGCACCACCUAACGUCUAUCUAACGUCUUUCAAACCUAUUUCCUGUUUUCUUUACCUUUUAACUUAGUUGAAAUAUUGUGAUUUGGGAUUCACAUUCGAUGUCAAAUCAAAUGUAUUCGUCACGUACACAGUUUACAGCAGGUAUAAAAUGUGCAGCGAAAUGCUUUUGGGCUAGGUCCCUCAACAAUGCAGUACAUGUGACAGUGAUUUUCAUGUCCCAUUGCCCCAGUUCCCAGACGCUCACCUGUGGGUGUCAAUGUGUGUGUUUGACAUAUCUACGUCUGAUUCUGUGACGCUGAAUGUGUGUUCCCAUAGGAGAAAGAGGAGCGCUACCUCAUGAUGUUUCCCAGUGUGCUGGUCAUGCUGUCUGCUAGUCCGCGGAUGAGCGGCUUCAUAUACCAGGUAACCUAAUGAGGACCAGGUGCGUGUCCUCUGAAUGUGUCCCAGGUAUUGCACUCAAUCUGGGGUAGUGUGUCACCCCCCCCCCUCCUCUCUCUCUUUCUCUUUCUUCCCCCCAGGGAAGGCUGCCACUGACAGGCUCCACAGUCUCCAGACAGAUGGCGGACACAGAGAACGGCCACUACACUUUUGAGAUCACAGGUACCGUAGGUUAGCGAGGGAGCCUUUUUUAGUAAUUUAGCGGACGCUCUUAUCCAGAGCGACUUACAGUAGUGAGUGCAUACAUUUUCAUACGCUUUGGUAUAGUCUGCAGUUCCAUCAAAUAGAUGAAUUAUGGUGAUUUCCAAUCAGUGUCAGGGAUUGGGUUUCCUGUGAAAGGCCUAUAUCUUAACACACUGGUCCUGUUGAAUAGAUUGGAGGUCACCGGUCCAUUAUAUUCUACACAUCAGUGGGUUGAAGGUCAGUAAUGCAGUUGUGCCUAAUUUUAGCGAACCAAGGGAGGAUUUCCUAUGGAACAUCCCUUUGAUAAAAUAAAAGCAAGCUGCUCUAACAGUCAUUCUCAUUCCAAACGCUGGCUGUGUAAACCUUGAUUCAUCUCGGUUUUAAUGAUGCAAUGACUCGUGACAUUCACUGAGGGAAAGGGAAAUGAUACUACAUCAAUGAGUUAUGUGAACUAUGCAUCAUAGCGUUUAUGCAAUGCUAUCAUUAACAUGACAGGUCUGCAGGGAGAACCACUCACCAUAGUUGUCUUAUUUACUUGCCGCAUGACACAGGCUAUGAUUGGCUAACUGGUUUUGUAACCAUGACACCAUAAUCCAGUCCCGACUCACCAGCUGUCAUGGUGGACGUUUAUGAUUCAUGCCAGGUGCCUAUAUGUGGGCUUUACGAAACGCCUUGCAAACAGUUCUACCCACACCUAACUCUAGGUAACCUAGCCUGAAACUUCCCUGCAAAGUGCAACCCACUGAAGUGUGUGUGUGUGUGUUGCAGGAAGCACGAUGGAUCGCGUCACAGUGUUCUGCAGUAACCCCCAGGAGCUGCAGGAGUGGCUGGACCAUCUCCAUGCCUACACCGAAGGAGCAAGCCCAGUGGGCCCCAUUAUCAAGGUAAAGACAUGGCACACUGUUCAUGAUUUAUUUUUUCAAAGAUUCAGAAAGUGCCGUUGUGUAGAGAACGUUCACUAAACAAAAUGGCCGUGCUGUAUUUCCCUCUAGACUUGGUCAUAGUGUGAAAACAUUCACACCACUUCACAUAUAGCUAGAACUCGCAUUGCACUGAACCAUUUGAACAUCCACCGCACUUCACACAUGGCUGGCACUUGCAUUAAACUUGCAUUGAACCUCACACAUCCCAUCUGACUGUCUUUCCUCUGUGUAUGGACUAUGUAGAACGAGUUGGGAAAGCCGGUCAGUAUGGUGGGCACCCCCACUCACCAAUCCCACCUGCCCAGCUUCAGCACCCCCAGCCAGGCCAACCGGGGACCCCUGGAGCCCCCCAAGACCACCAAGCCCUGGUCCCUGAGCUGCCUGCGCCCCGCCCCACCCCUCAAGCCCUCCGCUGCACUGUGCUACAAGGAGGUAGGCCAACCCAGACCUACAGUAUAUCCAUCUAUCUCUUUGUGCUUCACUCUUGAUACUGGAGAGCUGCAGUGUGUGCAGGGUUUUGUUCCAGCCCAGCACUAACCCUCUAGCGUCUGGAGCUAUUCAGCUUCUUGAUGAGUAGCUGAUUACUUGAAUCAUGAUAUAGUGCUGGGUUAGGACAAAAGCCUACACACACUACGUUGAUUCAGAGCCUGGGGUAAAGGGUACUGCUUUACGUCUUACAGUAACAUGACUCUAACAGGCCCAGGGAAAAACCCUGUCAGAUAUAGCUGUUUGUGUGGGCAAAGCGCUUAGCAGAUGAGUAGGCAAACGGUGGUCCCAGAAGCUAUAUAAAAACAGUGUCUAGACAAGGUGGGCGGGGGGGGGUGUAUUGGUGAUAAGUAACUACAUUCAUUCCGGUACAGACCUGUGUUUGAAUGGUGUUUGUCUGGCAGUCAGGUUGACCUGGUGGUGGACUGCACCAGCUGCUACUCCACAGGCUUGGGAAGUGGUCAGUGUAUGGUGAGGUCGAGCUAGGUCACUGGCCGUUUAUUUCGCCAGAAUAGUCCUCUUAAAAAUGGUUAUAGUUUUGCAUAGAUCCAUGAAAACAUUGACAAAAAUACGUUACAUACAUUGACGUAGGUUGAAAAAAUGUCAUUUGUGGUGAGAUUUCACGAUAUUCUAAAGCGCAGCAGUUCAACUCUGAGCAUUACCCACCAUGCUCUCUGCCCCCAGGGUUAAAGAAGCUAUUAGCUAGGGUCUCCUCUACCUCUCUGGAGAAUGCAUCUCCCCUUUCCCUCUCUCUUUCUCUGUGGAAUCAUCACUCUGUUUUCUUCACACUGCCGGAUGAAGGGGGGGGGGAGAUAUAUUGACAUUUUCACUGUUCACCCUCUUCUAAUUUCUCACACCAUUUCUUUUUUCUCAUACACCUCUCUCUCUCUCUCCAUACUGGCUGCUGUAGAGGAUGUCUUAUAUCUUGAAGGUAAGGCUAGAUAUAUCUCUAUCUCUCUCUUUCUGUGUGGAUGUGUGCGUCCAUGUGCUGAAGUGGCAUGUCAUUGCUCUGUUUGCCUCUCCCUCUUCCUCUGCUGUAAGCUGUUGGUUUCCUGUGUGCUCUGCUGCCUUGUCUGUCUUUUAUCCCCUGUACUCACCAAGAGCCUCUGGCAGACGGUCUACCUGAGAUCUCUAUCUGUUUUCUAGGUAACACAAAGCUACUUCUAGGUAACAGAUACAAGUGGAAUUUGAUGCAGAAACACUCUGUCCCCCUCAGCUUUUAUAAAGAAUCAUUGUCAUAGGCUUACAUUUUGAAAAUGGGGAAAAUAUAGUCCCGCUUUUGAAUAGGUCUGUUAGGGAGCUUUAUUGAGAUGGACACAUUGUGCAUAAAUGAACCGGUGUGUGCUUUAUUUUCAACGAAGCAGCUUCUUGUUGCACUUUGGCUAGCAUAUGAUCAAAUAAGAAUGAAUAAAUGCCAAUUUACAGGUUUAAAUUGAAAUUUUAUUUGUCAAAUUACAGGUUUGAAAAUGGGAGGGUUACAUAUAAGAGGGUUUAAAAUGAAUUAUUCAUUAUUUUAAUAAUGAUCUCGUUAAUGGUAAAGGUGAUUCAUUAUAGCAGACGUGAUGACAUCAUCGGCCACAUGGUUAUGCUAAAAACAAAAUGUGUUAAUUAAUGACUCGGAGGGGACACAUUUUGUUUCUAAAAGUAAACUGUUUAAAAUAACACCAGGGUCGUGUUCAUUAGGCACAAAAUGGAAGAAACCUGACUGAAACGGGGAGUGGCUACUUAGAAUUGUCCAAUAAGAAAUGAUAAUUUUUGUUUCCUGUUGCGUGCCCUAAUGAACAUGACCCAGGUUUCUUUGGUUACUGCUGUCCCAUGCUUGUGGAACAUCUAAGACUUUGUCGCCGUGUUUGUUUUUGUCUAUGGAGGCAAUGUGUGUGUGUGUGUGUGUGUGUGUGUGUGUGUUACUGUAGGCUUGCAUUUACCAUGAUGUUUUUCCCCCUGGCUUGAAGGUGUGUGUCACUGUGUUGGCUAUGACUCUGUGUACAGUACCCUCCUAACAGUUCUGUCACUCCUACAGGACUCCAGUAAGAGCCCGGGGCCCAUUAAGAAGUUCCUCCCAAAACGCAGAGCAGAAAGAAAACAUUCCGACGAUGAGUUCCUCUUGCGGAAAAGUAGGUUUGAUCAUUGCACUCUAGGAAAUGAUAGAUAAAUAUGUUGCCACCAAGGAAAGCACAGAUUCACACUCUGCGUGGCAAAAUCCAGUCACCGCCUAACCAAUGACCCUGUUUCUCUCACUGUGAAUCAACACUCCAGUGUAAUUCACUGCACAUAACGCAUAUCUCAUGUGGUUUAUGGUACCUCACACAUUCAGUACCAUCGCAAGGUGAGCGUGAAAAUCAAUUGCUUUUCAAACACAUCCAGCUCCAAGUAUCUGUCACAACUGUCCAGUGAAAUCUCACUUUUAAAAGUUCAUAGUCUGUUAACUCAUACCCAAAUAAUGUUGUUGACUCAUCCUAUACUCAUAUUUGUGGCUUUAGUGUAAAUAAAAUAAAAAACACUUAAACACCUCAAACUUGUAUCUCAAAUGCUUGCUGUUUCCUCAUUUAACGUGAUGUCAAGUUGGCUCAUUGGCUGAGCUGGCCAAUCAGCUGUUUACGUGCCAUGAAUAUUUUUUAUGACCGGUAUACGCCCACACAAUUCUGUUGUACGUCCAUACCAUUCAAACACAGAAAAGCUGCUUUUAAACAUACUUCAUUACCAUUUAUUGGAAGGGAAACUAUUUCACUCAUAUUGUAAUUAAUUAUUGGUCAUAUUUAAUAGAAAUCUGGAAACACUGGACAGUCACUUUAAAUUACCUGGAACAAUGAGAGGGAAACAGACCAUCUGUAACAGUUACCAUAGAGAUGAAGCAGCUAAAUCAGUUGUCUGUCUGUGUGUCAGUUGAACGUUGGAAUUUCAAAGUCUGUUUUUGUGGUUCAGAAGGCUCCUGACUCCCGGUUUCCCCUGUGUGCCUUUGAUUGACAGGUACAGCUGCUCUGGAGGAGGAUGCCCAGAUUCUGAAGGUGAUCGAGGCCUACUGCACCGGGGCCAGCCAGCAUCAGACCAACACAGGUGAGCCGACGUGUGUGUGUGUGUGUGUGUGUGUGUGUGUGUGUGUGUGUGUGUGUGUGUGUGUGUGUGUGUGUGUGUGUGUGUGUGUGUGUGUGUGUGUGUGUGUGUGUGUGUGUGUGUGUGUGUACCACACCUUUAAUGGCCCAUAGAUAGGCAUGGUAAUGACUCAGGCUUACCUAUGUGUUAUUGUAUGUGUCUGCAGCGGUGAGGAAAGAGUCUGUCCCUCAGGUCCUGCUGCCGGAGGAAGAGAAGAUCAUGGUGGAGGAGAUGAAGAACAACGGUCAAACAAUCAUAGAAGAAAAGUAAGAUGGCCAUCACUCAGGAGAAUAUACUUUUAUUAAACCAUUACAACACUGUGUAUUAGGGCGAGGCGGUAUACCAUAUUUUACUAUAUACCGCUAUUGAUGCAUGGACGGUUUGGGUUUUUACUUCUAUACCUUCUAUAACGGUUUUUCAAUGUUUGGUUUGUUAAAUGUGAUAGGCAACUCCAGCGUGUGUAACUCCGUUAUCUACUUGAGUCCUCUUUCUCCCAUCUGCUGCAUGCCACUUUCCACACCAAGCCCUGCCCCCUGUCACUCAAGGAGAGAGCAUUUGUUCGACCAUGGAGGAACUAAAACUUUAUUGCCCUUCACUCUGCAGUCUGCAUGGUCAGAUGCAGAAAGAUGUUGGUGACAAUGAUGCUGCUUUCCACAAGCGUUCUAUAAUUACACUAUUAAUUUGUCUAUCUUACUGUCUGCAAACUACUGUCUGCUAGUUAGUAUUUUCUUAGCAAGUUGUGGCUAAAAUAACUAUUGUUAGCCGCUAAUGCUAAUUGCUAGUUAGCUGGCUAAGAGUCAGAGGAAUCGUAGAUGGCUAAUACAGCCUGGUACCAGUGCCGGGGUAGGUCUAGAUAAGCAUGUUUGUGCAAUUUUAUCUUAAAUUAGAGAGGAAUAGGUGAAACAUGAAUAUGUUAGCUAGCUGGCUAGCUACAUGACGUAAGAAAACAUGGAAUGUAACAUCUAAUUAGGGUCCCCUAGAAACUUUGGCUCCUACCCUGUCAAUAAUUCCCAUUUGAAAUCGCUUAUAAUUUGAUGCCCCCUAAGAUCAUGAACUACUCAUAAAGUAUACUUUGGAUCAUAAUAUGAUAUUUUGUCCAUAUCGCCCAGCCCUACUUUGUAUGCACAUAGAUCUGCAUUUAGUUUUGUUUAGGUGGUCGUUUCAACACAUCUAAUAUGAGGCUUUUUUAAGUCUACUGUAGGACACAAUGGUAUUUAUUGAUCCAUUUAAAUUAAGAAAUGUAUUUCUUUACAUAAUGACUUUAAGGUAUUAGCAAGUGGUGGUUUUGCCUUGAACAUUGAGAAGCAAGAAAUUGUCUCGUCAAUAUUUGUGAAAUUGUUAUGUUCGACUGCCUGGAACACUCAAAUUCCAAAGCCUUUGUCAAGGAACAUAAUGUGACAUUAAAAUAAUAUGCUAUUGUCCCACUUUCUGAUAACCUUUGUUUCUUGACUGGUAGGAGUCUGGUUGAUGCGGUGUAUGCUUUAAAGGAUGAGGUCCAUGAAUUAAAGAAGGUAAAACAGUAGAUUAACUAUUAAUGUUCACUCUGACAAAUGUAAAGGCUGACAAGCCAUUUUGUUUAGUAGUGGGUAAUUGUGGUUUGUGUUGGUGCAUACUUGUGGGUGUAGGUGUGUGUGUUCUUCUCACACGUCUGUGCUGUGUAAUAUUGAACUUGUAUGUGUUUCGUCAGGAGAAUAAGUGGAUGAAGCAAUGUCUUGAGGAGGAGCAGAAGUCUCGUAAGGAGCUGGAGAGAGUGGUCAGGAAGCUGGCCAAGCAGAAGAACGACUGUGCCUGGGAGGAUGGAGGUUACUGAACAACUCCCCACACCUACCCAACUACCUACCUACCUAUCCCGUGUGUGUGUGCGACUGUUUGUGACUGUUCAAUCCCUACAACACAGAAGGGUUGGAUUCAUGUAUCUGGACCUUGGUUAGAACAACUCUCUGUUCUGAUGCUUGGCCUCACAUGCUGAACUCUUCAUUAUCUAACCAGAAGCGAAAAUUCUGAUUGGUUGCCUCCUGUCUGCUGGCACUGUGAUUGGUCAACUCUGAUGGAACCAUUUCGGACAAAGGAGAAAUAGCUAGUGCUCUAGUGUCACCAGCUGCAUCGCCACUCUGGACUACUGUGUCUACAUUUCAAUAGGAAAUCUAAUGGGAGCGAGAAGCCAUCUUUUAGGUUUAAUGGGUGUUCUCUUGCAUGCACUUGUUUCAGCAGGAGAGCAACUCCCUCCGCCAUAACUAGGGCUCAUCUGUCCCACUCUAUGUCUGUUACAGCAUUGUUUGUUUAUUUCGGUGUUGAGGACACCCCCCGCAGCCUUGUCGGGAAAGAGCGUGGCUUGCAUCGAGCUUUAGUGAACAUGAUUGGCAUUUUGUGAUUGCACAUUCUAGACGUGAGACUCUGUGUCUCCAAGCAAUUUCGUAGGCCUAAAAGCUUUAGCUUUUCAUUUCAGAUGGGUGAGACCUAUCCAUGGACUAUCAAACAGUCUUCUAGUUCAUGGUGAGUGGAUUUCAAUACUGCUCAUAUCCAAGCUGGUAUUAAUAUUAGCGAAUAACGUCCUUGACUGUGUUUCUUACAAUCUGCAUGGAUGUACAGUAUUUUUAAGGUAUUGUUACUCAUUAGACAUGUGAUGAUCAAUAUAUAUAUAUAUAGGCCAAAGCUAUCAGGGAUAUAGAUAUAUAACAAAUAGAAAAUGACAUAUGGUGUAUUGCGCAUAGAAUAGAAUAGAAUAGACACAUGUAAAGAUGAUGACAAUUAUGUCGCCUAUACUUUCUUACCGAAACGAUAUACCGAUAACAAUUAAAUACAUGUACUAAUAAUACAUAGCUUUGCGUUAUUCUGGGGUUAAAGAACAUAUAUUGCUUAUUUAUUUUCCAUUAAAACAUUUCAUUAUGUAGAAACAUGUAUAUUGUAUGUAGGCUAUAUGGUACUGGGAACCCACUUGGGGCAGUCUGGGUUUCUGCCUUAAACCAACCCGCACUGCAGAAACCACCUCUACGGAAUGAUAACCUAAGGAAAAAAUGGUUUUAAGUGAUCUUAUUUAUUUGACAUUGUCCAUUGGGGAAGACAAAACACAACCCAUUUUGAUUUUAAGAAUUUGGUACCACAGGAACAAUGUUAUUUGUACGUAGUAAACUGUGUCCCACAAUGUGAGUUGGGGUUACAUUCCUGUGCCCGUUUUCACAGAGCGUCUGAGUAGGAUUGCUGUUCUAGGAUCAGGCCCUCCUGUCCAUUUUGAUCCUUACUAAUUAUGGUCUAAAAGGGAACAAAGAUGAUCCUUUUCUCGGACGCUUUAUAAAUAUCGUCCCUGGUCUGACAUUUUCAUGCUUCUUUCUCAUAUUAGUUAAUGCAGAUGGAGCGAUGUCCCCACUUUGAUUGUGUUGAUGGAGAGUGUAAAAUGUGUGUAGUGCAAUCAAGUGCCUCCUGAUCCCAGUGGAUUAAGUUAUGAGGUACAGAGGAAGUGGCUGGGGAUUUACAUGCACAGGUUUUCUGUCAUGUUUUGUCACAUUUCAGUGGGACUGAUGGCACUGUUUAGACGUUCAUGGGGACAGGUAAGGGUCGGGUAACGAUUCAAUGUGGAAUCAGGCUUUGACGCCUUAUGUCAAGGCCUUAGGUGAAAGAUGAUUCAGUUGAAUCACAGCACUUCCUCCCAGGAUGACAUGUAGUGCAUGCACUGUAAAAGCUGAUGUCAACCUCAUACUGCAGAGUGACAGUAGGAAGUUGAUAAAAAUGCAAUGUGACCGCUCCAGUUUGACUGUUUUUACUUUACAGUGUCACUCUGAGACAGUCAGUUGGGCAGUAGACCAGAAUGUGUAAAGAAACGUAUCUCGGUUAAUGUACAGUGAUGACUCCUCCACGCCCUUAACCAAAAUGGGCCUAUUGCCUUGUUCCUGUUUCCUGGCCACUGUGUGUUCUCUGUAGUCCUGAUGUAUAGCGGUAUACUGUUACAAGCUGUUGUGUUCAAGUCCCACGGGCUAUGUCAGGUCCCACGGGCUAUGUCAGGUCCCACGGGCUAUGUCAGGUCCCACGGGCUAUGUCAGGUCCCACGGGCUAUGUCAGGCCCCACGGGCUAUGUCAGGUCAGCUCCACAUGUUUUGUCAUCUGUACAAAUGUCCUUCAAUAUCAUUUUCAUGUUUUAUUGCUGAGAUUAUUAUUUUUACCAUCAAUGUUUUUUUUCUUCAUAAAGUAUCUUAUAGUUUUCAAUGCCUGAUAGCGUAAGCGAGCACUUAGAGGGUCGGCAGACCACUCCACGUGUAUCAUUUGAAAAAGUAUCUUGAUUCAAAAUUAUAACUAUUGUAAGGCAUUUUUUUUUUGUAGCGGCUGCAUACUUUCAUGUUUUCAGUAUGGUCGUUCUUUUAAUAAAAAUCUUAAC